CUUGCCAAUUGAGAGGUGUUGCAAACAACGUUGGAAGCAUCGUGUGGGACCCGCAUUACAAGCAGUUGAAUCAUUUCCUAAGAUGAACGAUUCUUUUUUAAAGUCUUCGUGGCAUAACCGCAUCACUACUCAAAUUCUCACAUGUCAAAUUCGACAUCUUAACCGACGCCUUCAAAGAUCUGUCAUUUUUUGGUUUUUGAGUGGAUUGUUCUUUAUUUUUCAAAAUAUGUCCACGCCAGCCUCUGUUACGUUAUCGGGACCUGCUUUCUCGUUUUUACUUUUUGAAACCAGUAAAAGCAAGUUCCAACAGGAGGGGUUUCUUUUAGGGGAAGUGGUGCACCGAGAAACUAGAACCAUCACAGACAAUGAUCAGCAGCAAAUAAACAUAACAAACAACAUCAAACUACAUUCAGUGGUACCAUGCCCACAUCCGCACUACUUUUAUAACAAAACAGGGAAGAUCAACAAAAAUCAAAUUCGAGAAUUCCUUGGAGAUCAGUUUGAUAAAGUUAUAGGAUGGUACAAGUUUCAGCGUCUAUCUAACUAUAGGUUAACUUUAAGGGACAAAGUGAUUCACCAGCAGUUGCUUAACUUUUUUGGAGCACAACCAGAACUGUUCUUAUGUUGUAUGCUUAUUAAUGAGGUUUCUGACAACAAGUCCACACACUCCUUCUCUCAAAUAUUCCUUAGAUACAACAGGUCAACAUAUGAACAGACUCCUAUACGAAUACCAAAUCUGAGUGAGCCCAAAACAUCAUAUAAAGAUCCAGAACCUACAUCAGAAAUAUUCAAUAAAAUCUUACAAGGAUUAAAAAUUGACAGAAAAACAACGCAAGGUCUGGUUGUUAUCAAUAAAAUACAGAAUGCUGUACACAAGCAUAUUGACAAUAUCGUGGGAGAAUUAGCUGAAGCGGAACAAGAGCUGUUUGAGCUGGAAGAAGAAGUGAAUAGAUUGAAGGUGUUAAACUCUCAGGCUGAGGUUGAGGAAUGUAUAAGUCCUGAAAAUGAAGUAGAUGAAACAGGACCGUCAACGAGUAACUGCGUGAAUGCUAAAAUGGCAAAAGUAAAUUCAUUUAGAGGUAGAGGGCGAGGUAAAUCCAGAGGUCGGGGACGCAGAAGUUCCAAAACAGACUGAAUUGGCAGAAGAUUGUUGCUAUCUUUCUGACAAAAAUCAAGAUGAUUCCCAAUCAACGACCCAGAAGUGUUUGCCUUUUCAGAUAUUUGCACUAUUGUGAAAAGUGCUGGCUUGGGUGAGACUAAACAUUGGUUGCAUUCAUCAAAACCUAGCUGCUCAGAGCUCUAAAGUAACUUAACUGCUUUUACAGGAUAAAUGAAGCAUUUUAGUGGCGCUAUGCUCUCAUGAAUGCGGCCACUGAUGAUGUUCUGUACAAAAUGUAUUUACACCUUACAACUGACUGUUGUUUAAUGUAAGCUAUAUAGAAAAUAUCUCUGUGAUAAUACCAACUAGUGCAUAUUUUGACAUGAAUGAAAAUAAGAGUAUUAGGAUUGAAGUAAAGCAGGAAUAUGUCAAUAUAAAGUGGACAUGAAUAUUUGUAUUGAGCUUCACGCAAGGAAUUAACAUCCAAGAAAAAAUAUUUGUCUGUCUGAGACUACUGGAUCCUUUUAUAGUAAAAUUUUUCAGAAUCUAAUGAAACUUGAAUUUUUGGUAUUUUAUUUUUCAAAGCUUUAUUAAUUUUUGGAAUUAAUACACAAUAACUGCGACUUUAUAUUUUAUGAAUUUCAUUUUAAUGCAUUUCAUGCUGUUUUGACAGAUAUGAGUUAUAAGACUGAACUAAUUUGUCAAAAUAGAAUCAAACGUCAGUAACGCACAUCGUUAUGUCAUGCACUACUUAACAUUUCCAAAAAUGUUUACCGUUUUAUACAGAGCCGCUUUUCAGUGCCUCAUUUGUGUUACCCGGAGUAACUCGGUGCUGCUCACCACCUGUCAAUACUGCUCCACUGUUCUAGAGUGUCUUGCACCUGAGCUACUCAUUUUUGAUAUCCCCUCAUGCACUAGCUUUUUUUCGGUAUUAUACGCUCCCAAAUAGUGGGUAUAAGAUUGUUAGGUUAUGUUUUUUCAUCGUUUUUAUUUUUUGUUUGCAUUAAACUCACAUUAAACCGAUAGCCGACAAUGGAGGAUGAUAAAAAACUGAUAACCCAGACCCAGAGUCACAACGUACAUUUGAGAUGUUCCUGAAUAAUAAAGAUCACAAGAGAGUGUAAGAAGGCAAAUUCAGUGGCUUGUAGUUGGCUUCAUCUAUAACUAGCCACUGAAAAUUCGACACAUUUAUCCAGAAGCAUUACGAUAAAAAUGCAGACCUCUGAUAUGUUGCGCCAUCAUUCGAAAAGCAUCAUCAGGCAUAAAUUGGAUAGUCUGACAAUGCUUCUGAAACUAAAUGCAAAAUGUGUUUACAUUUUUAUUGUUAGUUUGGCAGUGUGAUACAAAUUGUCAACGCAAAGCAAAACGUCAAAAAACAGGUUAGGUUUUUAUCGUCGCGUACCGAAGCGUUACACUCCGGGUGCCUACAACUCUCAAUUCAAAAGCAGUGGAAAGCGGCUCAGGAUUACUGGUAAUUCGCCGUAUCCCUUCCAAUACGUGGUAGUGUCCCUAAUCUGCAACAAAUUUUACUCUAUACCUGAUCGAAAAUGGUUUCACGGUUUUUGCAAUUUUAACAUUUGACAAAUUUAGCAUUUGAGGGCGAACCCAACUCAUUAAACCUGCGAACACAUUUUUGGGGUUGUUGGAAAACUACUAAGAUUACUUUUUGAAACAUUCAAGCAAAUAUUGCGCGAUCUGUUUUUUUAAGUAAUAAUUUAAUACUUGAAAGCAAUACUUGAGAUAAUAUAUGUCAAAUGUUUGCUAGACUGCAAAUUUUGUAUAUCUGUUUUUUGGGUGUACAUAUCUCUCAAAAUUCAAACAGGCUACUCAUUUUUUCAAUAAAGUCAAUAGACCACAGUACAGUACUUGUAGCGUUCAUCAGAUAAUCCUUUCCCCUCUAUUAUAGACAGAAGAAUAUUUAUAGUUUUUGUUAAUUGGUCCUGUUAGGAUAGAGUAACCGUCAAAAAAAAACUACUUUAAUCAUUGGUCAUUCUAUAACUUGGAUGGAUUUUGAGGAAAUUUAGAAAGGCAUAUCUAAUGGUACCAGUAUCAUGAUCAAAAAAUGUAUAACUCCCUCAAAUUUGAACGCAAUUUUAUUUCUUUUGAACUCUAUCAAAAAUUUCCUUAGAGAAGACACAUUUCAGAAAAAAGUUUGUUGAUAUAUUUCAAGACGUAGUCAAGAGUUUGAAAUCUGGCAAAACUCGUUUUUCAAAUUUUCAUCCAGUCACUUUUGUAUAACUUCAAACACAACACAGCAACACGAGGUAUGCAAUUCGAAAAUAUGUGGAGUGGAAUCUGCGAUGAAAAAUCGGGAAACUGCUGUUGAAAUAUUUUAUCUAGAAACGUCACAAAACUUAUCUGAUCAGGCUAACUAUCUAAAUUUGAACCCUGUAGUAAAACAAAUUGUACAGAAGGAUUUAUAUAUUAUUUAGAGUGAACAAAAAGCCCAUCAUCUCCAAAUAAAAAAUUCUGGGUAAAUUUUCCAUAGACCUUCAAAGUUAUAAGUCUUUCAAAUGAGAACUAAUGAGUAUGUCUAGUUCGUUGCAACAGUUAACUGGUUAUUGCAAAUAAAAUUUUCAUUGUUUUCCAAAAAGUUCAUAAGCGCAAAUAUGAAAUAGUAGCCGAAAGUUAAAGCCUUUGUACUGAAUGACAUAAAAAAAAUAUUCGAAAAUGCUCGUUAUCCAGCAAAAUAUAUAGGGUGUCCCAUUUGAAAAUCGAAAGUUGGAGUCGUUUCCGGUCAAUCCGGAAGUACGUCAAAGCAAGCGAAUACAUAUGUCAAAAAUGUAAAUUCAUCUAUAAUAUGCAACCCCCAAAUUUCGUUUUCCCAAUGUUCAAUAAUAAAAACGUUAUAGCGGCCUACCUUGGAGAAUCACCCGGUAUAUAGUAAAUAUACAGCUGUUACAAAUUCUUAUAGAUGACGCAACGGUAUCUCGGAUACUUUUUUGAACGCGGGAAUAUAGAAUUAGGUUGACUAUCUUUCAGGAAUACGUUAAUCAAUGGCUAAACAUAGUGUUCUUCUAAAAGAAACUGAAAACUAAAACUAUUAUAUUUUUUUAAAUAGCUUCAAUGCUCAAUUUUGUUAAAAAAUAACAGGAAUAGAAAAAUCCCGAUUUUCGACCACGGUAAAAUUCAGUGCAUUUCCGGUACCCUUAUCACGCUCUGGAAGGGGUACGGUGAUUUUGCCAGACUUUGUGUUCAUAUUAUUUAAUCAUCGGUUACACAUACAUCUUUAUGUUCAGGUACAUACAUAUAGAAUAGUUACCAUAUGUUAAUUUGGACUUGCUUUGGUAAUAAAAUUAGACAUUGUAUUAGCACGUUUUAUUAAUUUUUUCGCUUAUACACAUGGAAAAAUAAAAC